AUGAUAUGUAUAUUAAUAGAUACACUGCAAUUUGAAUUAAAAAAAAUUGUACCAAAAUUAGUAAAUCCAAAAUUAUUUCAUGAAUUUCAUUUUGUACAUAGAUUAGAUUAUGUGACAAGUGGUGUAAUAUGUAUUGCAUUAAAUAAAAAAGCAGCUCAAAUUGCUUCUAAUGCAUUUGAAGCAAGAACAGCUAAAAAAUUUUAUUUAGCAUUACUUCAUGGACAUAUUGAUGAACCUUAUCUUAUUAUAAAUAAAGCAAUUGGAAUUGAUAUUAGAGAAAAAAAAGGAAAUCAUAAAAUGUGUGUCAGUGAUAGCAUCUUUUGUGAGAAACCGAAAAAAUCUUAUACAAUUCUUAUGGUAUUAGAAAGAGGUUUUAGAAAUGGAAAGCCAGCUACUAAAGUAUUAUUAUGUCCUAGUACAGGUAGAAGACAUCAACUAAGAGUACAUUGUUCAUACAUUGGUCAUACUAUAAUUGGUGAUUAUACAUAUAGUGAACGAAAAGAUAUAGAACCUUAUAGAACAUUUUUACAUUCCUUCAGGUUAAUAUUAAAUAAUGACAUUGAAAAUUUAGAUAUAAGAAGUAUGGAUCCAUUUGUAGCUUCUGAUCCAAGAAAUCAAUGGUCUCCAAUAAAUAUUGCUAGAAUAUUAGAUGAAAAUGUAUUUUCUGAUAUUUCCAAACUUAUGUAAUUAAAUACAACAUUAAAAAUUUAUUUC